ACAAGCUUCCCUUCCCCCCGCGCCGCGUCCCGCGUCCCGCCCGCUCCCGCUUCCGCUUCCCUUCCCCUUCCCCACCAAGCAACUCGCAAAUCAAAACCCUACUCCCCCCCCGCGCGCGCGCUCUCUCUCUCUCAGCCGCCCGUCUCCAUGGACGGCGGCUCCUCCAGCCUCCCGCUUCCCCAACCGCCGCCGCCGCCGCCGCCGCAGGUCUACCUCCGCCGCGGCAGCUCAGUGCCGCCGCCCGGCACGCCGGUCCAGGCUCCUCCUAGGGUCCAACUGUUCCGCGCCCCUGCUACACCCAUCCCCAUCUUCUCCUCCAAGCCCCGCGCCGCCGUCAGGUCCCCGAUUCCUCCUCCUCCUCCUCCUCCUCCUCCUCCUCCUCCUCCUGCCGCUGCUGCUCUUGCUGCUUCCGCUCCCGCUCCCGCUCCCGCGGCGGCGACAGCGCAGGCCCCACCUCUGCCUCCGCCUCCGACAUCCGCUUCCACCGACCAGCCGCCGCCGCAGCAAGCUGGCACGAUGGCUCCGCCUCCGGCUCCAGAACCGGCGGGGAAGCCCAACGCACAGUUGAAUGAGCAAAACAGUGGAGAAUAUUCUCAAUCUGAAAACAACAUGGUAGAGACUGCGCAAGGGCAUGAUAAGGAGACUACCCCUGGACCUGUAAAAGCUAUCAAGAGGAUAAAAAAAGUAAAGUCUUCUAAACACAACCUGGGCAACACAAAUUCUGGAGCAAUUGAAGGAGAUGCUGAUCCUUCUUUAUCUUCAUUAAACCACUGCCGCUAUGACAACUCAUUAAGUCUGCUGACAAAAAAGUUCAUCAACCUGCUUCAAGGAGCUGAAGAUGGGACCCUUGAUUUGAAUAAAGCAGCUGAGACGUUGGAGGUGCAAAAAAGGAGGAUGUAUGAUAUAACAAAUGUUCUAGAAGGUGUUCAUUUAAUUGAAAAGGGACUUAAGAAUAUGAUUCGUUGGAAGGGAUUUGACAUGUCAAAGCCUAAGGAAAUAGAAUGCCAAAUUUCUUCACUGAAGGAAGAACUUGAAUCUCUUUAUGAUGAAGAGUUCAGGCUGGAUGAUGAAAUAAGGGAAGCAAAAGAGAAACUGCAAACGCUCACCCUAGAUGAGGAUAAAAGAAAGUUGUUAUAUCUUUUGAAGGAAGAUAUAAACAAGAUUCCUCACUUUCAGGGAUCCACUCUUAUCGCUAUAAAUGCUCCUCAUGGAACUUGUCUUGAAGUUCCAGACCCUAAUGCGGAUCAGGACAUGUAUGGAAAUCUGGGUUUGCAAGAGCAGCACUACAAAAUUGUCCUGAGAAGUUCAAUGGGUCCUAUUGAUUGCUAUUUGAUAAGUGACCGUCAGGAGAUAUUUAACCCAGACCAGCUGGCAGCAGCAGACAGAUUAGAACCUGCUGUUGCGACUGAUAGUUCUCAAGCUUUGCAGCAGAUGGAUUGUGAUCCAACUCAGGCACUGGAAAAGGAAUGGGGCAAUGGUGGCUGCAUGCAUACAACAGAACCAUCCAGAAAGCAAGAAAAUGGCAUUCUGAGAAUCGUUCCAUCAGAUUCCGAUGUUGAUGCUGAUUACUGGCUUGCUUCUGGCGUUGAUGUUAGUAUGACAGAUGAAUGGGGCACAUAGUGGAUGGAUCCUCAUCAGACUUAGGGCUCUAACAUGUCCCUUAGACAAAAUAGAAUGAGUCUGCAGUGCACAAUUGCAUUGGGGCUGGAUCAGCACCUUUAAUCUCCAUGCUCCAGCCCCCGUUAACCGACAAAGCAAAGGAUAUAUGGUAGGCAGUAGAUCUUGUACAUUGGCAGCAUGAUUGUAGUUCUUACUCUGUUUCAUUGACAGUUCAGAUAGAAUCAGCAAGUGUGGUAGUAGGUCUCGGCUUAUACUUACCAUUGGCCUUCACUUUUGGUUGAACUGACUGUGUAUAUCAAGUUAGAGGGCAGCACAGUCUGAAAGAAGGCCAUCUUUGUUACCUGGUCUUCGUUUAUUUGAAGAGCAGUAAUAUUGUACAUCCUGACUGACUAUCACCGUCAAUUACCAAUAGCAGAUCUAUAGAGGCUAUACAAUUGUUUAACAUGAUCUAUGUUAUGGUUUCUGAAUGCAUUGGAUGUACGGUCUCGUUCGGUGCCUUGCUAAUCUUGUCAUAGCAGAAGCUGUUUUUUUUUUAUUUUUUUUUUCUGUUUCUACUGUGGACUCAAACUUUGCUCGUGCUGUCUGUAUUUGGUGCAUUUUGUCUUCUCAUUGGUGCGAUAUGACACUGGUUAA